AUGUCCGUCUUCUCGUUGAUCAAGCGUGGUCGCCAGGCCGCCAAGGAGCACAGCGCGAAACAGGCCGAGAAGCAAAAGCAGGAGGCCGAUAAGCCGCCGUACAGGCAUGUCCCCAGACAUGCCGCCAUUGAUGCCAUGUCGGGCGGCCCUGCCACUUGGAGAGAGGUCGACAGGGAGAGGAUUCAAGAGCAGAACCGGAGGCGCAGCAUCAUGACGGCAAACGGCGUGGGCAUGGGUGGCAUGGGCGGCAUGAUGACGCCCGUCCACGCAGUUGGCCUUCCCCGUCUCAACAGCUCUCUUUCACACGUCUCGUACCCGUCGGCCUAUGCCAGCCCCGUCGUCCACAUCCCCCGAAAUUAUAGCUAUAGCGGCGUGCCAUCCGGGUGGGGCACCCAGCCGAGCGAGCUCAACUACCAUCCCGUUGAUUUUGCCAACAUGCCCUCCAAGGGCAAAGAAGUGGAGAGGCUCGUGGCCGAUUCGGGCGCCCCGAGUCGGUCGUCGAGCAGGCUGUCCAAUGGCCGCUCUCCUGUCGAAGGACCAGCCGUGAGUACUGACAACACGAACUCGCCAGUGGAUAGCUCUGGCAACUCGACCAGCUCCCAAGACGACCUUGAGAUGAAGACGGUCAAGCACACCCUCUCGUCCAAUCCCACAACACGGGCCAAGACGCCGAAACGGCCCUUGAGCGAGACGGAUUCGGUCCAUCGUCUGCAUCCCGGCCAUUCCCGCAGGCUAUCAGACACGAGCCGGCAAGUUAUGUCCACGACUUCACUGGCGGCCGCAGGCAUCCCGCCUGUCCCUGCGCUCCCCCCUCUGCAGCUUGGUUCCCCUCUCCCGACAUCUGGCGUCUCGUCGUCCGCCACCUCUAUUGCCAGCUCGACAACGGUUGUUCAGAUUGCAUCCAGUGCGUCACUCUCCGCCAAGGCAGCGAUUCCUGUCACAGCUGCCGCUGUGCGCGAAGACGAGAAUACGAAGGACCUGGAUAUGCCAGAGUUGCCUCGCAGCGAAGCCGACGUGGCCGUUGUAGUGGCCGAGGCUACCGCAUAUCUAUCUGCGCCGAAAACCGGCUGGAGGAUGUCUAAGAUGACCAGGUUUACCGAAUUAGGAACCAUCAAUUCCACCAUCUCAGCGUCGAUAGAGACAAACCCCCCGCCGCAGAAAGAGGCGGUUAAAAUACGCCCGAUUUCAGUGGUGACAGCCCUACCGACCAGCUUUGACGAAGCCAGCUUGCCGCCCCCUCAAGAGCUAGUUCUCCCCCCUCCAAAAUCGGGCAAGCUCUCCAAAGUUCCAUCGCCCAAGGUUCCUGUAGCGAAGGCGUCUAAGAAGAACCGAUGGUCGUUUAGAAGCAGCAAGAGUCCCGCCGUAGCAGUCUGA